AUGGUUCUAUCACUGACAAAGUAUUCUACCUCUCUAUCCUCCUUCCAAUGGGUGAUAAAUCUGCUAGGACAUCACCUCUUACAGGCAGGGCAGUACAUCAUGAACCAUAAAUCCAGGAUGAAGAUGGUGCCCAUUGAAAACUGUGAUGUUGUCAUGACAUUUGCAGACACUACAGAUGACCACACUUUGUUGUGGCUACUUAAUCAAAUCCGACUAGGAAUACCCCAAAUAGUAAUCCAGAUUCGACAACAUAAUCAUAAUCAUGAAUACGCUUUCUUCAUAACUUCAACUUUUGAAAACUUGCUAUGUGGUGCAGAGCAAAUGGGCAUGCAAAAAACUGUGAAACCACAAUUUGGAGGUGGAACUCGCAGAUUUUCAUGUGCACAAGAUGACAUCUAUGAGAACAUAGAGAGUGAGCUGUGUUUUUUCACAUCACAGGAGCGACAGAACAUUAUAAGGUACUGGCUGGAUAACUUGAGGGCCAAACAGGGUGACAUCCUUCACAAUAUCAGUUUCCUGGAAGGACAGCCAAUCAUACCAGAGUUAAAAGCAAGAGGAGUAAUUAUUCAACUGUUUCCUCUGCAUGAGCAAAGAAUUCUCAGUCAGCUGAUGACCUCCUGGGUCCAGGCAGUCUGUGAAAGACAACCACUGGAUGAUAUCUGUGAUUAUUUUGGGGUUAAGAUUGCCAUGUACUUCGCCUGGUUGGGUUUCUACACCAACUCUAUGCUGUAUCCUGCAGUGGUUGGCUUUUUGCUAUGGAUACUCUCUGAAAAUGAUCAGACAAGUCAGGAUGUGUGCUGUGUGGUAUUUGCCCUCUUUAACGUGGUGUGGGCAACGCUAUUCCUGGAAAGAUGGAAACGGAGGGAGGCUGAAUUAGCAUACAAGUGGGGCACUCUCGAUACUCCUGCUGAACCUCUGGAAGAGCCUCGGCCACAGUUUCGGGGUGUGAAACGCCGCAGUCCUGUGACAGGGUGUGAGGAGUUUUACUAUCCACCCUGGAAGAGAAGAGCCUUCUGCUGGCUGGUCAGCCUUCCCAUCUGCAUCCUUUGUCUGUGCUUUGUCUGUCUGGCUAUGUUCAUUUGCCUGGAGCUCCAAGAAUUUGUUACUGAAAUGAAAGGAUUACCCAGUGUGACACGAUUUAUUCCAAAAAUCCUGCUGGCCAUAACUGUGUCCACAUGUGAUGAAGUGUACAAGAAAAUUGCAGUCUGGCUCAAUGAUAUGGAAAACUACAGACUACAGAGUACUUAUGAAAAUAAUCUCAUCAUAAAGACUGUUUUUUUUCAGUUUAUAAAUUCUUACCUCAGCCUUUUCUACAUUGGGUUCUACCUGAAAGAUAUGGAGCGACUGAGAGAGAUGCUGGCCACCUUACUGAUCUUCCGUCAAUUCUUACAAAAUAUCAAAGAAGUUCUACAUCCAUAUCUAUACGAGCACCACAAGCUCGGUGUUUUCAGAACACUGUGGGACCUUAUGCACACUUUGCUUUUUAAGUAUGGUAAUCUAGCUGUAGAAAAGGCUCAAAUGACUUACCAGACCAUAAAGGACCUGAAGAAACCUGGCAACCAACCUGUGCAGACAGAGAAAAUACAGAGGACAAGUCUUAUCGCUGGUGACAGAACAAUAAGAGCUGAAGAUUGUGAUGAUGAUGUGGGUCUAAAACAAAGGAAGGUCAGUUUCACAGAGAAAGUGGAAUGCAAAACCAUGUCAACACAAAUUCAUGGCAUCUUCUUGGAUGAUGGCAGUCCAACACUGGUGGAGGAAGGAAUGGACUUUGAGAUAUGUGAUGAUGAGGAGAUUGAGGCUUGUGACAUCUCAGGUAACCUCGAAGGGCCCCAAAGUAAUGCUGAUUUUCUCAAGAGAAGAAAGACACAAUCCAAAGAAACUGAACACACUGAGAACAAAAAAAUAUCUUGGAUUGACCCUCCAGAGGAGGUUGAAUCCACAGUCCUAACUCAACCUGAGAUUGAGAGCUGCAUGCUUACCUAUGAGGAUACCCUCCAGGAUUACCAAGAAAUGUUCAUUCAGUUUGGCUACGUCGUGCUUUUCUCCUCUGCCUUUCCUCUGGCAGCCAUGUGUGCCCUUAUCAACAACAUAAUUGAGAUCCGUAGUGAUGCCUUAAAACUUUGCACAGGUCUUCAAAGACCCUUUGGCCAAAGGGUGGAGAACAUUGGACAUUGGCAGACAGCAAUGGAAGCCAUGGGUCUGAUUGCCAUUAUAGUGAACUGUUACCUCAUCGGUCAGUGUGGCCAGCUACAGCGUCUGUUCCCCUGGCUAAGCCCAGAGAUGACCAUAGUCUCUAUAGUGAUACUAGAGCACUUUGCUAUUCUCCUGAAGUACAUCAUUCAUAUGGCGAUCCCUGACAUCCCAGAGUGGGUGGUGAACGAGAUGGCCAAACUUGAGUACCGACGUCGGGAGGCUCUUAAGAGACAUGAAAGGCUGGCUCAGCAGCAGCACCAACAGCAGCAGAAGAGAAGACGUGAGGAGGAGGAGCAUCAGAGGCUAGCAAGACAAAACAGCCAAUCAGAUAAGCCUGGACCUGGGGGCGCUGGGGACUACCAACAAGAAAAAAGUUCUAUAACAAAGACCAGCUCUGGAGGGUCUGUGGGAGACAAGCCGAAGAGACCCAGUUCCCUGCUGGGCAACAACAACGUGAUGAAGCUGAAACAAAUCAUCCCACUGCAGAGUAAAUUUACCUCAAGCACUUCCCCCACAAGCAACGAGCCAAAACAUCAAGCGUUUCUAAGUUUUAAGUUCCUCAAGUCCCCUGAGGGAAAAAAGGACGCUUCCACAGGGGUGUCAGCAUCGGCGUUGUCAUCAACAGCUGCCUCCGCCGGCCAAGAGAAAUCCCAGUCCUUUAACCCAGGUAAACUUUUUAACUUUGCUAAAGCAGAAGGGGCAAGCUGUGUCAGUGGAGAACAGCUGCCCAAACAAGGAGAUGUGGUGAGGGCAUCAAAUACACAGCAUACAAACGAUAACCAGACUGGGGCACAAGAAGAGAUGCUUGUUCCUAAGGAAGAUAAAGAGAGCACAGACUCAGGUUCAAAUACAAAGAAAAAACAAUGA